AUGGCUCCGAGCAGGGACCGCCUGCUGCACUUUGGGUUCAAGGCGACAAUGUUCUCAAAUAGUGAUGAAGCUGUAAUCAAUAAAAAACUUCCCAAAGAACUCCUAUUGCGGAUAUUUUCUUUUCUGGAUGUUGUUACUUUGUGUCGCUGUGCUCAGGUCUCCAGGGCCUGGAAUGUUCUGGCUCUGGAUGGCAGUAACUGGCAGCGGAUUGACCUGUUUGAUUUCCAGAGGGAUAUUGAGGGCCGGGUAGUGGAGAAUAUUUCAAAAAGAUGUGGGGGCUUUUUACGAAAGUUAAGUCUUCGUGGGUGUCUUGGAGUAGGAGACAAUGCAUUAAGGACUUUUGCACAAAAUUGUAGGAACAUUGAAGUACUGAAUCUAAAUGGAUGUACAAAGACAACAGAUGCUACAUGUACUAGCCUUAGCAAGUUCUGUUCCAAACUCAGGCACCUUGACUUGGCUUCCUGUACAUCAAUCACAAACAUGUCUCUUAAAGCUCUGAGUGAGGGAUGUCCACUGUUGGAGCAAUUAAACAUUUCCUGGUGUGACCAAGUAACCAAGGAUGGCAUCCAAGCACUAGUGAGAGGCUGUGGGGGUCUCAAGGCCUUAUUCUUAAAAGGCUGCACACAGCUAGAAGAUGAAGCUCUGAAGUACAUAGGUGCACACUGUCCUGAACUGGUAACCUUGAACCUGCAGACUUGCUUACAAAUCACAGAUGAAGGUCUCAUUACUAUAUGCAGAGGGUGCCAUAAGUUACAGUCCCUCUGUGCCUCCGGCUGCUCCAACAUCACAGAUGCCAUCCUGAAUGCUCUAGGUCAGAACUGCCCACGGCUUAGAAUAUUAGAAGUGGCGAGGUGUUCUCAAUUAACAGAUGUAGGCUUUACCACUCUGGCCAGGAAUUGCCAUGAGCUUGAAAAAAUGGACCUGGAAGAGUGUGUUCAGAUAACAGAUAGCACGUUAAUCCAACUUUCUAUACACUGUCCUCGACUUCAAGUAUUGAGUCUGUCUCACUGUGAGCUGAUCACAGACGAUGGAAUUCGUCACCUGGGGAAUGGGGCCUGCGCCCAUGACCAGCUGGAGGUGAUUGAACUGGACAACUGCCCACUGAUCACAGAUGCUUCCCUGGAGCACUUGAAGAGUUGUCACAGCCUCGAGCGGAUAGAACUCUAUGACUGCCAGCAGAUCACACGGGCUGGGAUCAAGAGACUCAGGACCCAUUUGCCCAAUAUUAAAGUCCACGCCUACUUCGCACCUGUCACUCCACCCCCAUCAGUAGGGGGCAGCAGACAGCGAUUCUGCAGAUGCUGCAUCAUCCUAUGACAAUGGAGGCGGUCAGCCUUGGUGAACUGAGUAUUAAUGACACUUCUAGAGUUACCGUGGAGUCUCCAGUGGAAGCAACCCCAGUGUUCUGGCAAGGGUUACAAAGCGAGGGCAGCGUCCAGAUCCCCAGAGCCGCACAUAACAUGCAUACCCACCCUCACCGCCACCCACUCUAGUUCUGAGACCAGGGGACUGAAGCCCAUGCUGGCUUUAUCAAGUGGAUUGGUGAAACUUAACCAUUCCUGUUGGACACGCCAAGAAGAAAAUCAUAGGCAAGGCGGAGGGAAGGGGGCAUUCCAGCAAACCCAGUGUUACUGCUUCUGCAGUUUCUUCAUUUUGUGAAGGGGUUUCUUUGGUGAUUUUGGAACAGCAACUGCAGUCCUCCAGGGUCAAGGAAAGCAUAGAAAAACAAUAUAUGUUGUAUCCAGGGACCAGAAAGAAAAUUUCUUUGCAUCUUAUAAAUGGUAGUCAUCCAUCAUGAGAUGACUACAGAGCUUCUGUGCUUCCUUGUUCCCAUGCCAACAUAUGCUGAGCAUGCUCACAAAGAAGGCUCAUCCAUUCCUCCUCCUGUUUUAAGUAUUUGGCCCAGAGGUUUCCUAAAUGGUUGCACUGAAAUCACUGUGGUCCAAAUGUGAUGACUUACUCACUCAGAUUGUCACUCUCUGUAGCACACUUGUGCACCUGUCUUUCGGUCUUUGUUGCUCCCUCCUGCACUCUUGCUCAGUCUGUCACCUGUUCAUUGUCUGCUUACUCACACUCAAUUGUUACUCUUUUGCUGUUGCUGUGUUUACAGUGUGCAUUUUGGAUGAUUAGUUGGGGUUACCAAACAUUUUUAAAGAGACAUUAUCAAUAAAUAUUUUUUUAAUUCUAAAUUUUACCAUUAGGGGACCCUGCCUGAAUCUUUGCCAGUGUGAAGGGAAACUAUCACAAAACUGAGAUAUGGUACGAGAAGAAAUUGAGCUAAAACUGUUUUGAUGAAAACAAACUUUGCCUUUUGGUUUCUGUUAUACCUUGUGAUAUUAUAAUAAUACGCAUGAUAUGCCCAGUAUUCUCCCUGCACCUCCCAUCAGAAUCCACUAACUUAAUAAGGAGAAAGAAAUGCAUUAUUAGUGAAGAGUGGAAUGGCAGAUCCCAAAACUGAGCCCGAAAGCACCCCCCACCCAAGGUCAGACAUGUCAAAUAUUCACUGAAAUCUAGGUGUGAGCAGUACCAUCGCUGAUUGGUAUCUGUGAGGUUGUUGUGUUUUAGUAGGAGUGCUGCUAGAGUUGCUGUGCCGUCUAGCUGGUCAGUUUCUCUCUUUUUUCCCCCUGUUCAAGCCUUUCAGGGAUACGAGAAUGACCCUAGAACAGUUGGUCAACUGUAUGUCAGUGUUGUUGGUGUAUCUCAAAUGUUGGCACCUCGAAGGACCAGAACCAUUUCAAAACCUGUCAACGCUAUCUCUCUUGUGCUCCAGGAUUCCCAUGAAGGAAAUACAAGGGCAACCAGAUGAAGGCUUUGAGAGGAAGUAGGGGGUUCGGUGUCUCUGCCCAGCAUGGGCAGCAGAGCUGAAGGCCUAUUCAGUGCCCAUGAUUCAGAGUCAAAGAAGAGGCUUCCUUCCUUCCCCCCAAAAAGUCAUAAAGGAUGAGGAAACUAAAAUCAGUUUCUGAAGUAUAAGAAGUAGAUUUCUAAAGCCCAAAGUUAGAAACCUUAUGUAGUUUUUUAAU